GGGGACGUUGACAAGUGGAUCCAAGAUGGCGUAGAAAGUAAUGACAGGAAUUGGAUGAAGUAAUUGAUCACUAAAGAACUACAGUGCUGGUGAGAUGUGUAAGAAAUUAUAAAGAGCUCUGAUGGGCUAUUUGGGUGAUACCCAGUGCAGUGAACUGCAGGAUUUUUGUCCCUGAGUCAUGGAAGACAGAAGAGCUGAGAAGUCAUGUGAACAAGCGUGUGAAUCACUUAAGAGACAGGACUAUGAAAUGACCCUCAAGCACUGCACAGAGGCCCUCCUUUCUCUUGGCCAGUACUCCAUGGCUGACUUCACAGGGCCGUGUCCACUGGAGAUAGAAAGCAUCAAAAUCGAGAGUCUUCUUUACAGAAUCGCCUCCUUUUUGCAGCUGAAAAACUAUGGGCAAGCUGAUGAAGAUUGUAGGCAUGGCAAGAAUGGGAUGGUAACAAAAGAUUUGACAAGACUAAAAAUACUUCUCACAGAAACGGAGACAGCAACUGGUAAUGUCCUCCCUGGAUAUCACGUGGAAGACUUAGAAGAGGGAUCUUGUAAUGGUUGGCAUUUCCGCCCACCACCUAGGGGAAUCACAAGCAGCGAGGAAUAUACUUUGUGUAAAAGAUUUUUAGAGCAAGGAAUCUGUAGGUAUGGUGCCCAGUGUACUUCAGCACAUUCCCAGGAAGAACUAGCAGAAUGGCAGAAAAGAUAUGCUUCACGGUUGAUAAAAUUGAAACAGCAAAAUGAGAAUAAACAGCUCUCAGGCAGUUACAUGGAAACCUUGAUAGAAAAGUGGAUGAAUUCAUUAUCUCCUGAGAAAGUGCUUAGUGAAUGUAUAGAAGGAGUAAAGGUAGAGCAUAAUCCUGAUCUGUCCGUUACUGUCAACACCAAAAAAUCUCACCAGACAUGGACCUUUGCUCUCACUUGUAAGCCUGCAAGAAUGCUGUACCGUGUGGCGUUGCUUUACGAUGCUCAUCGCCCUCAUUUUAGUAUCGCUGCAAUAUCUGCCGGAGAUAGUGCUACCCAGGUGUCACAAGAAGUCCCAGAAAACUGUCAAGAAUGGAUAGGAGGAAAGAUGGCCCAGAACGGAUUAGAUCAUUACGUGUAUAAAGUCGGGAUAGCAUUUAACACAGAAAUAUUUGGAACUUUUCGCCAAACCAUAGUUUUCGACUUCGGAUUGGAACCAGUACUCAUGCAGAGAGUAAUGAUUGAUGCAGCUUCUACAGAAGAUCUUGAGUACCUGAUGCAUGCAAAACAGCAGCUAGUAACCACGGCUAAGCGUUGGGAUUCUUCUUCUAAGACUAUUAUAGAUUUUGAACCUAAUGAAACUACUGAUCUGGAGAAGAGCCUCCUCAUCAGAUACCAAAUUCCUCUCUCUGCUGACCAGCUAUUUACCCAGUCCGUUUUAGACAAAUCAUUGACCAAGACCAACUAUCAGUCACGGUUGCAUGACCUCCUUUAUAUUGAGGAGAUAGCCCAGUAUAAGGAAGUCAGCAAGUUCAACCUUAAAGUGCAAUUGCAGAUUCUAGCAAGCUUCAUGCUCACUGGAGUUUCUGGAGGUGCAAAGUAUGCUCAGAAUGGACAGCUUUUUGGCCGUUUCAAGCUUACUGAAACACUUUCUGAAGAUACUUUGGCUGGACGGCUGGUGAUGACCAAAGUCAAUGCUGUUUAUUUAUUACCAGUCCCUAAAGAGAAGUUAGUACAGACCCAGGGAACCAAAGAGAAGGUUUAUGAAGCUACUAUUGAAGAAAAAACAAAAGAAUAUAUAUUUUUAAGGAUAUCCAGGGAAUGCUGUGAAGAACUUAAUCUUCGGCCUGAUUAUGACACACAGGUUGAACUUCAGUUUCAAUUAAAUCGAUUACCCCUCUGUGAAAUGCAUUAUGCGCUAGACAGGAUCAAGGACAAUGGGGUUUUGUUUCCAGACAUCACUAUGACUCCAACCAUACCUUGGAGUCCCAACAGACAAUGGGAUGAGCAGUUGGAUCCUCGGCUAAACGCAAAACAGAAAGAGGCUGUUCUGGCCGUUACGACCCCACUUUCAAUACAGCUGCCUCCUGUUCUCAUCAUCGGCCCCUAUGGCACCGGCAAAACAUUCACCCUAGCUCAGGCCGUCAAGCACAUUCUCCAGCAGCAGGAGACCAGCAGGAUUCUCAUUUGCACCCAUUCUAAUAGUGCUGCUGAUCUCUACAUAAAGGAUUAUUUACAUCCCUAUGUAGAAGCAGGCAAUCCCCAGGCAAGACCUCUCAGGGUAUAUUUCAGAAAUCGCUGGGUAAAGACUGUCCACCCAGUUGUGCAUCAGUACUGUUUGAUCUCAAGCGCACAUUCCACCUUUCAGAUGCCACAGAAAGAAGAUAUUCUUAAGCACCGAGUGGUUGUUGUUACGUUGAAUACUUCCCAGUACCUCUGUCAGUUGGACCUUGAACCUGGGUUUUUUACACACGUUCUAUUAGAUGAGGCUGCCCAGGCCAUGGAGUGUGAAACCAUUAUGCCCCUAGCAUUAGCAACUAAGGACACGCGGGUUGUCCUGGCUGGUGACCACAUGCAGCUCAGCCCUUUCGUUUACAGUGAGUUUGCCAGGGAAAGAAACCUUCACGUUUCACUGCUUGACCGGCUCUAUGAGCAUUACCCUGCCGAGUUUCCCUGCAGGAUCCUCCUGUGUGAGAACUACCGCUCCCACGAAGCUAUCAUCAAUUACACCUCUGAGCUCUUCUAUGAGGGCAAACUGAUGGCCAGUGGAAAGCAGCCAGCACACAAGGAUUUCUACCCACUAACCUUCUUUACAGCACGAGGGGAAGAUGUACAAGAGAAAAAUAGCACAGCUUUUUAUAAUAAUGCAGAGGUCUUUGAAGUGGUGGAACGUGUGGAAGAGUUAAGAAGGAAGUGGCCAGUAGCGUGGGGGAAGUUAGAUGACGGCAGUAUUGGUGUGGUGACUCCGUAUGCCGACCAGGUGUUCAGGAUACGCGCUGAACUUCGAAAAAAGAGAUUAUCUGAUGUUAACGUCGAAAGGGUGCUAAAUGUUCAAGGAAAGCAAUUCAGAGUUUUGUUUCUUAGCACAGUACGUACAAGACAUACUUGUAAACAUAAACAGACACCAAUUAAAAAGAAAGAGCAACUGCUGGAAGAUUCCACAGAGGACUUAGAUUAUGGUUUUUUAUCUAACUAUAAGCUUCUCAAUACUGCCAUCACAAGAGCACAGUCCCUGGUUGCCGUGGUGGGUGAUCCCAUUGCUCUGUGCUCUAUUGGAAGAUGCAGGAAAUUUUGGGAGCGGUUUAUUGCCCUGUGUCAUGAAAAUAAUAGCCUACAUGGAAUCACUUUUGAACAGAUCAAAGCUCAGCUAGAGGCUUUAGAACUAAAGAAGACAUAUGUGUUGAAUCCACUGGCACCUGAAUUUAUCCCCCGGGCUCUGAGAGUGCAGCACACGGGAAAUACCAACAGAUUGCAGCAGUCACCCCCCAAGGGGAAAAGCCUCCAUCAUAUCCAGAAUGAUCAUUUCCAGAAUGAUGGAAUUGUUCAGCCCAAUCCUUCUGUGCUUAUUGGCAACCCUAUUAGAGCAUAUACCCCUCCACCUCCUCUUGGACCUCACCCAAAUUUGGGGAAAUCUCCAAGCCCUGUUCAAAGAAUAGAUCCUCACACUGGGACAAGUAUUCUUUAUGUACCUGCUGUCUAUGGAGGGAAUGUAGUUAUGUCCGUGCCUUUACCUGUACCAUGGACAGGAUACCAGGGUAGGUUUGCAGUUGAUCCUCGAAUCAUUACACACCAGGCAGCCAUGGCCUACAAUAUGAACCUCUUACAGACACAUGGGCGGGGGUCUCCUAUACCUUAUGGCCUUGGGCAUCACCCACCUGUCAGCAUAGGGCAGACGCAAAGCCAGCAUCAGGAGAAGGACCAACAUGAGCAGAGUCGAAACGGUAAAAGUGAUACAAAUAAUCCUGGACCUGAAAUUAAUAAGAUUCGGACACCAGAGAAAAAGCCUACAGAAUCAAAGCAGAUGGAUUUGGAAUCAAAUCCACAGAACAGAAGUCCUGAAUCACGUCCUGGUGUUGUUUAUCCCAAAUUUCAUCGCAAAGACAAUCUCAACCCAAGACACAUAAAUCUCCCUGUUCCUGCUCCCCAUGCGCAGUAUGCAGUCCCCAGUCGCCAUUUUCAUCCACUUCCCCAGCUGCCAAGACCGCCGUUUGCAAUUCCACAGCAGCACGCCUUGUCACAUCAGCAGCAGAAUAAUUUGCCUGAACAACCAAAUCAAAUGCCGCCCCCCCCGAAUCAGGGAGUCCCGCAGCAGAAUCCGCUGGGCCAGCCGCCGCCUCAGCUCUCUGCUGCCUGUCAGGCAGGCCCCAACAGUGCUUUUUUUAAUACUCCGGUUUCUCAUCGACCACAGUCCCCUCCUGCAGAGGCUGCACUUGCUGAGCAGCAGCCCCCUCCCAUGCUGCAGGGGGGCCACAGUCCUCUGCGAGCCAUUGCGCAGCCCGGCCCCAUUCUUCCUUCACAUCUGAAUAACUUCACUGAUGAGAACCCCCCAGGACUGCCUGUAGGAGAGGCUUUAGAUCGUGUGCAUGGGAGUGUGGCUCUGGAAGCAUUACGGCAGCAGCAGGUGCGGUUACAGCAGUGGAGUGAGCAUCACGCCUAUCUCAGCCAGGGCAGUGUUCCUUACCCACACCAUCACCAUCCUCACCCUCACCCUCACCUCCAGCAUCUUCCCCAGCCGCCCAUUGGGUUACAUCAGCCACCAGUGAGAGCAGACUGGAAGCUCCCCAGCAGUGCCGAAGAUGAAGCAGAAACAGCUGACUCAAGGUUUCAAGACCUAAUCAGAGAACUGUCUAAUCGUGAUCAAAGUGAAACACGGGAACUAGCUGAGAUGCCGCCACCUCAAUCAAGACUUUUGCAAUAUAGACAAAUUCAGACCAGGAGCCCACCAGCAGUCCCCUCGCCCCCGUCCAGUGCAGACCACAGUACCCACUUUUCCAACUUCAGUGACAGCAGCAGAGACCUCGAAGUAGCCAGCAACCCAGCAUUCCCACAGCGCCUGCCGCCGCAGCUGUUCAGUUCGCCUUUCUCGUUGCCGUCGGAACACCUCGCCCCUCCUCCCUUGAAAUGCCUGCCACCUGAUGGAGCAUGGACUUUGGCCAGCUUACAGCAGAAUCGCCUGAUGGGGCCGGGUUUUCCCUAUGGCCUACCUCCACUGCCGCCCAGGCCACCGCAGACCCCUUUUGUGCACAUGCAGAGCCAUCAGCCUGCUGUCAGCCAAGAGCCCUUCCACCCGCUGUCGGCUCGCACGGUGUCGUCCUCUUCGCUCCCCAGCUUAGAAGAGUAUGAACCCAGAGGACCUGGUCGGCCCUUGUACCAAAGAAGAAUCUCAUCUAGCUCAGUCCAGCCUUGUUCUGAAGAAGUAAGCACUCCUCAAGACAGCCUUGCCCAGUGUAAAGAGCUUCAGGACCAUAAUAACCAAUCUUCUUUCAACUUUUCCUCCCCGGAGUCCUGGGUAAACACCACCUCAUCUACCCCCUAUCAGAACAUUCCGUGCAAUGGAUCCAGCAGGACAGCUCAGCCCAGAGAGUUGAUAGCUCCGCCCAAGACCGGCAAACCCCCUGAGGAUCAUCUGAAGCCUGAAAACCUCGAGGGGUCCAGUUCCUUCAAUUACAGCGUCCUGCAGCAUCUCGGCCAGUUCCCCCCACUCAUGCCCAACAAGCAGAUCGCGGAGUCGGCCAGCAGCAGCAGCCAGCAGAGCUGUGGAGGCAGCAAGCCCGCCAUGUCGUACGCCAGCGCUCUGCGGGCCCCGCCCAAGCCCAGGCCCCCGCCAGAGCAGGCCAAGAAGAGCAGCGACCCUCUGUCUCUGUUCCAGGAACUCAGCCUGGGGAGCUCAUCGGGCAGCAAUGGCUUUUACUCCUAUUUUAAAUAAUCACUUUUUUUUCCUCCAGGGAGAGUGUUUUCAUUCUGUUUGUAUCAGUAGAAUUAAGAUAGCUGGACUUCACCUAUAGAUGCACAGUUCCCUUUGUUUUAAUAUUAAGUAUGUUCUCAAUUGCUUUGCUGCUAGACUUGCAACUAAUUUUUUUUUACAGUAUAUUCCAUUAUUUUGCAUUUUUGACAUGAGUCGGAAUUUUGACAGCUUUUAUGUGGAAUAAAAAAUAUUUUUAAAUUUGUGUAUUGUUACAUAUGUUUGCAUCAAGCUAGCAGCUAAGAGAGGUUAAUUGUGCAACUAUUAAAAAAGGAGAAAAAAAGUUUGUCUAAAAUGUAUUUAAAAAGAAAAAAAAAUUGUAAGUAGCAUUUACAUUUAUUCGGUAAUAUUACCAUACGCUGGGUUUCUGUACCAGAAAUGGCCAGUUGAUGUACAAAUGUAUGUUAUUUUUGCUUAAAUUCAUUGAAAAUUUUUUAAAAAAAAAAAGGGGUCAGCAUCUUCUAAAUACUUUAAGUUUUAUCAGCUUUUUUUGGUGACAAGAUGCUGCAUUCUAAAACUUUUAUAGUUUUAGACUAUGUAUGAUGUGCUGUUGUAAUCUCCAUCCACUGUAGGAUAGAGUUAAAGGCAUUCUUUGCAGGUGUAUUUCAUAUGCCACUGUUUUUUGUAACAUGAAAAAAACAGUGGCAUACUUAAUUAUUUUUUGGACAAGCUACACUUUAAGCUUGUUUUUAAUGUUAAUUUGAUAGUGUGUGUUUUUUUUUUAAACAAAUCAUGAAGCUGAAAAAUUUUUAGGAUUGUUGGUGCUUAGUAGACUUGAUAACUAUUUUAAAAAUGCGUGAAUUUAGUAACAUCUUCUUUUCCUCACUAUGCAUGUGUAAAUGUUCGUAAUCUGGCUUCCCCCUCUCCAGUGGUAUAAAGAGUUGUGCCGCUUUAAGGUUUUUUUUCCCUCCAGUAAAAAUUUUGGUACCUUUAUUUGAUGUUUACAUUAAAAUGUGACAUUAUACAUGGCAAUUCAAAUAUUUUGCUAACUGUUUUGUUUGAGGAACAUCAUUAAAGAAGAAGUAUAAUGUUUGUCAAAGAUGUAUCAAAAUUCAUCAAAAUCUGGGGCAAGAAGCUGCCCUUGUUUUCAUGUCUUUUGAUUCUUCUAAAAGAACCCCACUGAACUUGUACAAAAAUAUACAAUUUAAACAGCUAUCUUAAAUAUCCUACAGUCUAAACAUUGUUUUGAAUGAACUUUGGUAAAAUCCAAAGAACAACGUUUACCCUCUUAAAACUUGUGGUCUUGUAACGCUUUUGCGACGAUGCAUGUCCAUAUUGUUUUCCUGAUCUAGUAGUACUACUUUUAUACUUCAGAGAUAUCUUGAAACUACAAUAUAACCUUUUUAAAAAAAACAUAAAAUAAUAAGGUAAGGUUGGGAAACACUGCAAAUCCUGAACGGACCCUCAUGAUCCGUUCAAAACUAGUUUUCUUCCGGAAGACUGCCUUUGAAUAGGCCAUCGUCUAUUCGCGGUCCAUUUUUAAAGCAGAGUUGAAAAGUGGAGGGCAAAGAAAAGCGUCUGCGACGGGAGUUUAGUUGGUGUCAGCCAGCAGUAGUCCCCUGUAAGCCUCGGACAGUUUGGGAGAAGAGAGUGCCUUUAGUUAAAGGCUGUCAAGCUCUUUAAGAGAAGAGAACCUCUUUUUUAUUCAGUUCUGUCCUUCUGCCCAGAGUGCAGUUCACUCCUCUGUGGCUUCACGUUACAGGCUGCAGGUCUCUGUGUAAGGCGGCAGAUGUAGACGUGUAGACUGCAGACGUGCUAAUGGUUAGUAUAAAUCACAGUUGGAAAACGGAGCCAGCAAGUUACAGCACCUCGUUUUCUCUGUAAGAUGUCAGAUCGCCACGUUUAGUGAUGGCAGAUUUUACUCAACAUAGUCACAAGAAAAGAAGAAAAAGUUUUGCCAUAUAGCUGUGUAUUUCUAACUCUGUGACAAAACUCAAGAUACAGCCCAAAUGAAAAUGAGAUCCCCCUGAUGUGAGGAUGUCGGUGAAGAAUAAUGUUCUUGUCAGUGAUGAUUCUCCUCCCUCGAAAAUAUACAGGACUGCGACGCAAGCCAGGUAAAUGGUCGAAAGCAUGCUGAUCUGACAAAGACAGAACUAUCCCAUCAGGGCUGUCAGUUAACCCCUUGUCAUAAAGUAAUUGCCUAAUCAUCUGUUUUCCAUACUUGAACCUUUAAAAAAUACCAGUUUUAAAAUUAUUUAUAUUUAAAUGUGCCCACCCUACCGCCCUUAUAUCUUGAUGGAAACUUUGCGUAAGGAAGCUGUUAUGUUGUUGUGACUUUGCUGUUCUAAGCAGUUAUUUCUAAGAAACUAAAAGUAGUAGCUGCUUCUUAGUCCACUGCUCUGCUGAGAACGUCUGAGUGUUCCUCACUUCCUUAUUGUUUCUACAGCCAGUCAAGGAUUCGAAUGUUUCCAUCUCAGCUUUACUUAAUGCCAUCUUUCCAACUGUGCUUUAAAUGUAAUGUAUACAUAAUAAUAUCUUGUAACAGUUUUGAGAAAGUCUUACUGCAAGAAUCAUUGCAAGUUUCCAUUGAAAUGUGUGGCUUCUGAGUACCGUUCAUCCUGUUGGAUAUUACUUGGGUAGUGUUAGCAAGUGCCCACGAAUCAGACUUAAAAAACAACUUACAGUCGGCCUUCCGUAUCUGCGGGUUCCGUGCCCACCGAUUCAGCAAAGCAUGGAUCAAAGAUAUUUAAAAAAAAAAAAAUAUUCCAGAAAGUUCCAAAAAGGAGAGCUUGAAUUUGCCAUGCGUUCGCAACUAUUUGCCUAACAUUUAUAUUGAAUUAGGUAUCAUAAGUAAUCUAGAGAUGAUUUAAAGUACAUGGGAGGAUGUGUGGAAGUUAUGUGCAAGUGCUACGUCAUUUUAUGUAAGGGACUUGAGCAUCCUCGGGUUUUGGUAGUCCUGGGGGUCCUGGAGCGGAUCCCCUGCAGACACUGAGGGGCGACUGUGUUUUAUGGUCUAGGUCCAACCUUAGAGUUCAGAUGGAACUUUUUUUUUUUAAAGCUUGAUGUAAGCUCUGGGAUAAUACCAAGUACUACCAACUUCCUUUUCUUCCAAAACAGAUUUCUUCUAAGUGCAGUUAGUUGUUCACAUGUCUUUCUACUUCUUUGUUCUUUAUAUCACUCUGAAGUUUCCUUUUUCUUGCCGGAACUAUUUUUUAUUAAUUUUACUUUUUAAUUUCAGUGCUACUGAGAUUUUCUUUUUUUACCUUAAAGAAAUUCUUUUGGGUGAUAGAGUCUGUAGAGUUUUCAUGCUGAAUUUUUUUCCCUACCUAAAAAUGAAUUUCUGUUCAGCUCUGAAUGAGCCUCAUUCAGUGCAACAUGGAUAUUUUCUGGUGGGUUUUUCAGAGGGGUUUUGGUUGCCAUUUGGCAUGUGCUUGGCCAAGUUGUUAUAGCAGAGCUUUGUUUUUGAUUAAUCAGCAGUUAAUUAUUGACCAUUUAAACAACAUGACUUUCAUUUUCCUUUCCUCAGACAGAUAUGCUUUCUCUCCAGGUCAUUUUGUAUGUGUGAAAUAAUAAACUGCUUUGUGUGGUUUUUUUCAUCAGAGAUUCUAGAAUAAGUUUGAGUUUGGUGUGAACAUCAAUUGGUCUUUUCAGUUCAAAGAACUGCAGAAUAAGUAAAAUAAUCAGAAUUCCCACUGAAUAAGCAUUACCUAAUUAAACAUAGCGAUCUCCAAGACCUAUUUGUGAAAAUAGUUUCCUUUUUUAUGGUGGCAUUGAAAUUGCUGAGAAAGUAACUGAAUUCCCUAACUUGAGAUAAUUAAGAUACAGUAUUAUCUUGCUCUGGUAUAGCUGAUCUUACAUGUUUAAUAUUUUCCACGUAUAUACAUUUCAAGAGCAAAGCUAUAAACAUAUAGGAAUGUAUCUCUAGCGACCUGCGCUGGAGAGAGUCACCUUGCCUAAGAGCCAGUGUGUGAAAACCAAUUUCAAGUUAAAUUUCAGAUUUCAGCUGUUGUUAUUAAGAAAAUUAAAUUUACUGAAAUCGCCAUUUUAAGAAGAGACACCUGUUAUCCUUAGAAUUGUUUCCUACUGGAGCUGUUUUUAAAAAGAGAACCCAGAAAAAGCCUAUAAAAAUACAAGAUUAAAACUUUAAAUGUAUUGCAAGAUACAAAUUGCUACCUUAAAUGUUACUUAGGCGCUCUGGUUUUUCUUCUAGCUCCACAAAGGUAGUACUUUGUCUUUUAUGAUUUACCAGACGUUGUUUCUUGCUAACCAUCCCUUUAACUAUUGAGAAACCCUCAAUUUCUACCACCACCCUCAUGUGCGCUCCUAAAUCUCAAAGGAUGUGUCUUAAUGGAUCUGAUUGUUCACUCCGCUUUUUGCCACCUGACCCACACAGUAUUGAGCAGUUAGAAAUAACGGAUAAUGUUCUAACCAUGAUUUCUUGUUCAGAGUAUCAGCUAGUGAUGUCCGCCACAUGGUAUAAAGGUAACAGGAAAGAGCAAGUGGCACGUUAGUCUUCAGAGCGCUCGUUAUAUUAGGUUUCUUGAGUUCUCCAUCUACCUGGGGUUGGAUAUUUAUUGGCUGAGGUUUCCCUGUAAAGCUGCUGAAGACCAUUGUUAUAAGGAGUGAAUCAAUCUUACUGGCAUUUAACAUUCUCUUAAAGCACAUUCAGGAAGUGGCAUUGUUACUACUUUAAAUUAGAAUAUGAGAUUAAACAGAUUACAAAAAAUUUUAAUGUAACAUUUAAAUUUUUUGAAAUGUUUGAAAAUAUCUACUUUGGAAUAAACUUUAAGGAAACAGUCACAGGAGCUUCUAAAUGUUUUCGAAGGGAGGUACCUAACAGAAAAGAAUAUAGGCUUAGUAAUGUGAACUGUGGUUAAAUCCUAAACCCAGUUAUACAGUAUUAGUCUAAAGCUUCUAAAACUGGAGUGUUCAGAAAAUCCAGAGACAUUCAUAUACUUAAAGUUUCAGUAAUGUAUUAGACCAGACUUUAUUUGCAAUUUGUUCAACAGAGAGAUUUUAUUUUGAUACGAAUAUUAAGCAUAAAGCAUAGUAAGUUUUAUAUAAUUCUAUAAGUUCAUUAAACAAUAUUACAGAAUUUUCAUUAUAUUCUUUGGGAGUCUUUUUAGCUGUUUCUACAUCUCAUAUAUGAGGUGUCUUCUGUGUUUUAUUUUGCAUACUAGCAUGUGACUGCCUGCCUUAGAACUAUGUAUAGGAGGGGAAACCGAUAUUACUUAAAAUUUUUGUUUUGAUGUUCUGAAAUGAAUUUCAUCAUUAGUUCUUUUUUCUCUUUUGAUGUUUGAGCAGUUGAGGGGAAGGGGCAAAUUCCAUAGGUUUCAACCCAGAAUAGAAGGAGUAUCUGUUUACAAAUAUGUCCUGUUUUAAGAUAUGGACAUUUUAAGCAGGAUAGAGCUAGCGGAUCUCCAACUUUAGCCAGCGUCAGCAUUAGCUGGAGGCCUUGUUAAAGUACAGGCUGCUGGACCUGCCCCACGGUUUCUGAUGCCGGGCCGGAGCCUGAUCAUCUGCGUCUCCAGCAAGUUCCCAGGCAGCACUGACGUUGCUGGUCCAGGCACCGCGCUUUGAGAACCGCGGGUCUAGAGGAAGCCUGAGGGUCUCUUCAGCCACGCAUGUAUUUACUCAGUGUACAAAACUGAUCUCUUGAGACAUUUUUAUAAUUCUGAUGCGGCGACGGGGACGUUCAUGGAGAAAGACCUCCGUGGAGUGCCGGGCCCUCUGGGGGGUGGCCACCCCCGCCCCCCGCCCCUCAGCGCUCACCCCGUCUGAGGUCUGUGCUGCUGCUCUUCCCCGUGACGGGGCAGGAGCUCUCGCACUUGGAGGGUGAGUUUGGUUUUGUGUACACUGCAGCCUGGGCUUUGGUCUGGAAGCUGUGCGUGCGUUUGGAGCGCUUAGAGUCAGUCUUGAUGCUCCACACACGCGGAGGUGAGGAUUGUGGAAGGGAGCCAUCCGACUGUCCCGAGAAUGCAGUUCGCGUUUAUCGAGGCCCCAGGUACCGGAGGCCCCGUCCUACGAUGGCAGUGACCUGAAGCAUAGAAAACGAUAGAUAAACCCCGAAUGGUGUAGUCGUAGUUGUUAUGUUUUGGGGGAUGAGGGAGGCGAGGGCAAAGGAUUUGCUUUUCAAAUUAUGUGUUUCUCAGGUUAACAAAGUUAAUUUGGAUUCUCUGCCGUGCCGGUAGGUGUUAGGGGAGCCUGAAUUGUUGUACGUGGCAGAAAAUUGAUAAUUGUCUCUGAUUCCUUUGCUACCUUAAAAAAAAUCUAUAUAUGUUUGCAAAAAAAAGUCUAGAGGAAUCUACCACCUACACAGCAUGAGUUAUUCAUAAACCAUAGGUGCACAUGUAUGAGCAAGUUAUUUUUGAGAAAGAAGCUGCCUACAGUAUAAUAAACCUACAGGUCUUUGGGUGUUAAUAUUCCCCCUGGAGUGCAGCUUGAGGGGUAUUGGGCUCUGCCUCUGGUUUUUUGUUUGGCUUUGAAUUUACCGAGACCCUAGAAAGAAAAGAAAUUAUUUUUAAGGUAAUAGAUUAUAGAAUGACUUAGAUGUAGACCGUAUGAUAAGCAUCAUAGAACACACAGCUUUGGAAUUCUUAAAACACAGUACUUCCUCCUUGAAAGGCAAGAUAACCUCUGGUGGGAUUGUUUGUAUGUUCAGCACAGGUUACUUUAUCUAGUUCCAACUCAUAGGGAGCUUCAGUUUAUUUAUUCUUUGCACGAUGCCUUGGAAGUGAAGACCUCUGUGUCUUUCAGCUGCUCAGAGGGCUCUUUUGUCCAGGAUGAAGUGCUGACGUGUCAGUUACACCUGAAUGUUUCUCAGCCCCCCCCCCCCAUACAGAGCAGGAGUCUUGGAUUUUUACAUGUCCAGACCAUGCCUACUUCCUGUAAACCCGUGUGUAUGACAUUGUACUGUAUCCGCUUUCUGUGCCAGUCAUCCCACCUGAUUCUUUGAAACCCAUGAAGGUACUGGUUAAGUGUAGUAGUUGUAUCCUAGGUAAAUCCAGUGAUUAAAAUACCUCUCCUCUCAAUUAUAAAGGUAAUGGGUUUUGCAUCUUAUUAAAGGGUUCUGUCAUUAGUGACACAGGUUUUGUUUUUGUUUUUGUUUUUGUUUUUUUAAUGCUUCAAGAAUACAGUUCUUAUCUAAACGUGUUCAGCUAACUUCAUACAAUCACGUGGCAAAUUCAUACUGGGUCUUAUUUGGGCAAAAGCCUCCUAAAGGAAGGUUACAUAAAACUGAUCAGUUUCCAUCUCUUAAAAGUACCAGUUGUACAGCCAUCUAAUAAUCAUAAUUUCUGGCAAAAUUAUUAUUUUUUUCUUUGCAGUUAAUGAUACCUCAUCUGAGAGUUCUAAUACCUAAAGAGUUUAUGCUUAAAAGUAAAAAUGACUUUGUACCAUAAAAUAACCCCAAAGCCACUCUCUAGGGUUUUUAUUUUCUUCCUUUUUUGUCAUUUUCUUUUUUAACUUAGUUUUAGAAUUACUUUAGUCGCUUUGGUUCCUUAGAACAAGUUUUCAAUUUGGAGGUCUCUAAUUCCUACAUUGUGACCAUUGUCUCAGUGAAGUUCUUUUGUUUUAAAAGAUUCAUGGUAACACAAAAUGUAUUUUACUGCUACAACUAAAAUGUAUUUAUAAUAAAAUGCCUUUUUAAUAA